CUCGUACACGUCGUAGGCCCUUCACAUACAGUAGACACCAAACUCCCUCUAUCCACAAUACCACUUGCUCACUUACAGUACUGUCUGGAGAGCCACCGCUCAGGCCACAGCCCCCCGUUAUUGGACCCCUACAUGCCCUCGCCUGCUUUACCUAUUCUUACGUUUUGCCGACAAAGAAAAUAGUUCACCAUUGCCAACAACACCCAGCAGUUCUACUCGUAUCUUCUGCUGUUCUGCACCGUCAACAAAUAAUCCUCACCACCCUUUACCUGACGACACGCUGACCGACCGCCCACUAUACUUCGUAUUCUCUCGCUUUAAUCUCGAUGGUCCUCAUGUAGGCCGGCUGUCAGCCUUGGUCCACGAUCACGAUUGCUCCUCCCGCCCUCCCAGAUCUCGUGUCGAUCAUCAAUCCACCUUUUCUCUCCGUCUGCCUCACUCGUUUCCCCCCGAGUCCAACCACGACCAAAGGUCUUGCCUGAGGGCUCUGUCAUAUUGACUGCUUGCUGGCAAGAGAAUUUGGUCAGCCUUUGUGCGGAAAAUGUCAUCGUGCUGAGGGACUCUUGGACUCCCCUCGAGGGUCGACAAGUCUCUGAAACAGCGGCCAACGUCUCCCAGGACCCCCUGUGCGGUCUCUCCAUCUCUGCUUCUCUCGCUCCCUUGGAGCAAAAGUAAUGGCGGAAGAUGGCUCCCCUCCACAGUUCCUAGAGCCACCGACCAUUACAGCCCUCAAGAGCGAUGCAGGCUUCGGCGGCGAGGUUAGUCGCCAUGCCAUGGAAAGGUCAUUCAGUCAAGACAUACAGGAGGGCACCCAAGAUUUGAAAGAGGCGGCCGAGCAGACACGGAACAUUAUACUCGACCUCGGUCUAGAUGGCCACAUACGAUGGGUCAGUCCAUCCUGGACCGACGUGGUUGGCACACAACUUGACGCGGUCAAGGGACACAAAAUUCCAGAGUUCAUCAGCGACAAACCUGAUGUCUUUGACGCUGCAAUAGAGGCCCUGAAGUCCAAUGACUCCAAAAGCCAGUAUGUCAAGUUCGCUGUGAAGAUUGGCGCAACCUCGGUCAUGGCCCCCAUGCUCGAAACAGAACACGGGCAUGGACUGGACGAAGACGAUGUCGAAAUGGACGACACAGAAUCAUCUACUUUGGAGUUAGAAGGGCAGGGCAUCAUGGUGUACGACCGGAGUUCUGGAGGAGAAUCACAUUCAAUGUGGAUGUUGCAACCUGCACAGGAACCCGUCCGGAUUGAGAUUGCCCUUCCCCAAGCUUUGGUCGAUACGCUGGGAGUUGGGGCUGAAAUUCUGGCCAAGUAUCUCACCGAGUUAGCGGAAUCCGGCGCCAAUGACCCUGAGAACCAUCCUCCUCCCCUGCCCAUUCUAUGUCGGGUGUGUGAGCGCUCAAUCGUACCCUGGUGGUUCGAGAAACACUCCGACCUUUGUGUGCAGGAACACCGAGCCGAGUUGGAUGUCCAAAUGAUCCAAGAAAACUUAUCAGAGCAUCGCAAUGCCAUAGUCAAGGUUCUGGACGCUUUCGAGGCUCGACAGGGACGAAAUUCUACGGACGAUUCCUCCAGUCCAUCGCCUACGCCUGAAUACAAGGGUUUGCCAAUCGGUCCGUCCCCCGUCCAAUCUUCUGCAGCUUCAUCGGCUUCUGCUUCACACACAGCCAGUCCGGUCAGGUCCAGAAGUCCAUCUACAGCAGGCCUAGGUCAUGCUCGCGCUCGUUCGUUUGUCGUCCGAAGGCCCUUGGUCCGCGUUGUGGAGUUGAUUCUUGAUCUUUGUGACACAGCCAUCGAGAUCAAUGUCCCUUCCAUCAAGGACAGCAAGAGCAACGACGAUGAUGAUUUCAGAUCACAAUCACCACAGUCAGAGUCCAGGAUCUCCCAGGUGAUGCAAUGGCAGGCACCUAUCAGUUUGGAGAACGAACCUGGUUUGGCCGCCCUCAGUGCUGAUACCGAAAAGCUGGCUCGGUCAAAGGUUGACGCUGUGCGUCGCCACCAAUAUGUUCUAGAGUACUCGGAACGCAUUCGACAAGAAUACAUGGCUGAGGUUGAUGCCUGUAUCAACGAAGCACUGAUCAAAGCCGAACGGGUAGCUGCUGGAGAGGCUUUAUCAAGCGACAGUGAAUCUGAGCCGGACCUUGCACUAGAGGAUGUAAUGGAGAGCACUGGGGAGGACGAACAGCCCACGCCAUUAGCGGUAGAAGCCGAAAACAGUCCAGCAGGAUCAUAUGUUGGGCUACGAUCAAUGGCUUCGGCUCUACGAAAUCCCAGAGACAUACCCUAUAUUUCGAUGAAGGAUCAACGACGCUCUUCCUCACAAGCUGUGUCCACUGGUUCGAGCAGUCCCAUUGAAUGUCCAACUCCUAAGUCUCAUAAGAGCAACCUCAUAUCACAGCCACAGCCGGUUUCAAAUAGACGCUCCAUUUACCUUGACGAUGCCAAUGAUAGCGACAGCAGUCUGCCUUCAUCAUCCGUCAUGUCGAACACUUGGAGACCAGAGUCCCCAGCUUCCGUCUCUGAGCACGGUCGGUCUGCUCACUCACGAGACCGUAAGAGGCGAAGCCUCCAUCUCCAUGGCCUGAAUUCGGCUUCUCCUCACCGUCAACAGUCCCCUGGGAGAUACCCACCACCUCCACCGUCACCUCUUCGCAUGACGAAGUCAAGAAUUCCAAGUGGAGAGAUUGCCCAGUCUCCCGUUGUAUCGCCGCUACUGACAGCGGGCGAGUAUAUGCCUCCAGCCCCUGGGCCCUUGUUGCACAGAAGGCAAUCCUCGAUGCAUUCGUCUGACAAGACACCCUCUUCACCCCAUCUGAGCUCGAUCAGUCAUCCUCAACAACGUGUGCAGCCCCCCUCGAUCAAAGAUUUCGAGGUCAUCAAGCCGAUCAGCAGAGGUGCUUUUGGCAGCGUAUAUCUGGCCAAAAAGAAAAUCACCGGCGAGUACUUUGCUAUAAAGGUACUCAGAAAAUCAGACAUGGUUGCAAAGAACCAAGUCACCAACGUUAAAGCAGAGCGUGCCAUCAUGAUGUGGCAAGGCGAGAGCGACUUUGUGGCGAAGCUGUAUUGGACCUUCUCAAGCAAAGACUAUCUCUACUUGGUCAUGGAAUAUCUCAAUGGUGGUGAUUGUGCUUCUCUCGUCAAGAUUUUGGGAGGCUUGAGUGAAGACUGGGCCAAGAAAUAUAUCGCUGAAGUCGUUCUUGGAGUCGAGCACUUGCACAGCCGGGGAAUUGUCCACCGUGACUUGAAGCCUGAUAACCUUCUCAUUGAUUCCAAGGGCCAUUUGAAACUGACUGAUUUUGGUCUAUCGCGAAUGGGACUCAUUGGCCGGCAAAAGCGUGCGUUGAAGCAACCUGAAGAGCCUGCUCCAGACCUGUUGAAGCAAGGUCCUUUUACGCAUUCUGGAACUGGUUCGGGGUCGAACCCUACCUCGAGAUCAGCUUCUUUUGACUAUGAGGGCCCACAUUCGCCUACGUCUACACCUUUGAUGACUCCAGCUCUUGCAGGUGGUCUGGAUCAACCUUCGUAUUUCAAUUUGAACCGAGAAAGUUCCCUUACCAGAGAACUGUCCUGGAGCCGAAGUGGUCAAAGAAGCGACAGUGGCAGCAGUUCAAGCUUCGAUCUUCAUCACCUCUUCAAGAAAUUAGGCGUACAGGAGAACAACGACACUGCAUUCCAGACGGGGCUGCGCACUCAACCUGUGGAUGAAGAAUUAUACAGUGUGGGAAGCCAAUCGCCGGACAUCUUUCCUCUAUCUCAAUCAUUGAGUAACAUCUCUCAACCACCCCCACCACCCGCCUCCUCGCAAGUCCUACCACCUUUGUUUGAUGGCGAGGACAGUGGCAAAAGGUUUGUGGGCACGCCAGAUUAUCUGGCGCCAGAGACAAUCAAUGGUACUGGCCAAGAUGAGAUGUGUGACUGGUGGGCCCUGGGAUGCAUCAUGUUUGAAUUUCUUUAUGGCAUACCACCUUUCAAUGCGGAGAGUACAGAAGAAGUGUUCGACAAUAUUUUGAACAGAAGGAUUGCGUGGCCCGAGGAUGAUGAGAUCGAGGUCAGCUCUGAGGCAAAGGACCUUAUCAACAAACUCAUUCAGCUGGAUCCAGCUGACCGACUUGGAGCCAACAAAGACGAAAUCUACCCGAGCGGUGGUGCCGAAAUCCAGGCCCAUCCAUGGUUUGCCGAUAUCAACUGGACCACUUUACUUGAAGACGAAGCUCAGUUCAUUCCAAAUCCCGAGCAUCCAGAAGACACGGAGUAUUUUGAUGCCCGUGGAGCCACUCUCUCGUCAUUCCCAGAGGAGCUUGAAGACCAAAUAUCUCCCUCCGGAACGACGCCAAAUGGACCAGACUACCCAAAUCGUCCCCAUGAUGCUCUCCUUCGUGUGAGGACACAGGCAGCUUCCUCUAAACGAGGUCUCAUGCCUCUCCAUAUUCCUCCUCACGUAGCUCGAGAUACUCGGAGUCGAAGACUCAGCGAACCUGUGAUUGUGGAUGAUUUCGGCAAUUUUACAUUCAAGAACCUACCGGUACUGGAAAAGGCCAACAAGGAUAUCGUGGAGAAAAUGCGGAAGGAAGCAAUGCAGGCCCAAGCGCGUGGGUACUCCCAUUCGCAAGCUAUCUCUGCGGCUAAUAGCCCUGCGGUGGGUUCUCCUGCGCCUUCGUUAGAGGGCAGCCCGAUGAUGCCAAUGCCGGUGAAGCGUGCUUUGUCCAUUAGCAAAGGCCACAGGCCAGGCUCGCCAUCCAGUUUAGGCGGGACUUCGAACUCGUCACCGAGUAGACCUUCUCAACCUUCGUCGCCGCUCUUGGUCCAGUUCUCGGCUGCGCAGCAUCACGAAAGAAGAAAGACUUCUGGCUCAUCUCAAGGCAGUAGCUCUCUGAACCCUGGAAGUUUCUUUGACAUACCCCAUGAUGCUAUUCGACACAACGCUCAAGUUUCAUCUUCACCCGUCAAGACAGCCCGUUUGCCCGCGGUCUCUCCUGCUAAAGCCAUGAAUCCUCCUCAGCGACAAACGAGCGCCACUGUCAAUGGUCGUACUCGGUCACAGACCGUUGGUUCUCAGGAAAGCGAUGGUCAGCCACCAAGAGAUAAUUUCAUUCCGGGUCACUAUAAACGCAAGAGCCAACUGCUCGCACGAGAUGUGUCACCCUCGUCCUCGGAUAACGAAUCGGCACAAGCCAAAGCGUUGCUGAAGGUGCAACGACGCAGACAGAGCUCCAGAAGGAUGUCUCAGAUUAAUUUUCUCGAUGGCCCUGUCUAUCGUCCGCUGGAUGUCUUGAUCUGUGAAGACCAUCCUGUCUCUCGUAUGGUCAUGGAAAGACUCUUGGAGAAACUUCGAUGUCGGACCGUGACAGCCACCAAUGGACCUGAUGCCCUUCGUUUAGCCGUGAGUCAGAUUCAAUUCGACAUCAUCUUCAUGGAGUUCAAGCUGCCCCUUAUCAAUGGUGUCGACGUUGCGCGGAUGAUUAGAGACACGAAAAGCGCCAACACACAUACCCCUAUUGUGUGUAUAACAGGUUAUCUGAAAGACCUGCCCGAAGUCCACCAUUUCGAUACUCUUAUGCAGAAGCCGCCGACUUCGCAGAAACUGUCAGAGAUGCUGUGCAAAUACUGCUCAUGGAAACCUCCGCCGAAAGACUUCAAGCUUGCCGCUCCACUCCACAUUCCGCCGAUCAGUACUCGGGUCGAACAUGCUCACACUCAAGACAGCCCAAGCUCUGUGGCAUCCAGCCUUGCACCCACGAUGCCUGACUCAUCAUACAAAGGAUCAGCUCGAGAAGACUCGAUCGGUAGUGGCGGUUUCUUCAGUGAUCUUGAAUCCUUCAAGAGCGAUGACAUUCCUGUCAUCGUGUCUCGAGCUGCCACAGACGAAUGGGCGAAGGGCGGGUUAGGCAUCUCUGACGAUAUUGUCACCGGACAGAAGCCAUAUGUCCAGAGCGGCUUUCCUCACCUCAUUCAGACCGAGUCCGCUCCUGCGAGUGCCCACGUAGAAGAGACUCCCGGGUAUGGACUUCGUACUCCACGGCGCCAGAAGUCCUCCGAGAUAGUCAGACAGAAGCGAGACAGGCUAGAAAGGAGCAUGCAGAAUCCAAGUGGCGCAGCUGAAGAGGGAGACGACGAGGAUGAAGAAUUGGGGGACGUCCAAGUCCGUUCUCGUUCUCCCGUCGGCAAAGCUGGUCGGCCAACCUCCAAGCUCGGAAUUGAGAUGAUGCGUACCAAUAGCCGUGGAAGUGUCAUCUCGAUGAAUGACGACAAGUCAGGCGAAUCUGACAACCUCAGGCAGUCAUUGGAGAUCCUGGAAGAACGCAUGGAAAGCUUGACAAUACCCGAGGAACCAUCUCAGGCCACCAUUAUUGCCAGCCAACCUCGGAAAAGUCUAGAAAGAGCGGCUUCGUAUCACUCCCAUCCUGAACAGGAAUCUGAACGUCGUCCUAGCCAUGACCAAAUCACGCCACCCGUCAUUUUCCCUCGCAAGCCGGGAACACAAGUCGCGCACAUCGACCCUGGCGCAGACGUGACACCUACCGCCAACAGGACGGUCGACAAGGAGGAAGAAGAGCCUACGCCGAAACCACUGGGCAGCCCUUCUGGUGCCACCAUCUCAUGAAACAUUACUAUGAUUGACUACCUUUUCUUUACUGAUGUAUUGCACAAACAUUGCUUUAUUUUACAGUAUUUGCUUGCACGACAGAAUCCGAAUUUCCUAUGUUGACAACGAUUUGCAAGGCGCUGGAGGCGAGAAUACCAUCGGAGUUGUUGCUGGAGUAUGCAAAAGCGCAUCAAUGUAUUUUUGUUUCUUUCGUGUUGAAGUUAGUAUCUGUAUAUGCUUUGGCCCAUGCCGGCAAUGGGAAGGAAAACAGGUCAUGACAGUGCUGGAAGUCCAUCUGCUGGCGCAGUCCCUUUCAAUAGAAGGAAGAUUUUAUGUCAUCGCUUCUACGGCCGAGGCCUUGUGGGCUAUCUACUUCUAUGUAUAUUGUUAUUUGUUUUCUUGGUGGGUACUGAGGUCUUUUCUCGGCAGUUUCGUCUCUUAUAUCCAUACAAUGGCAUGGUCCGGAACGUUAUGGAGACUCAGAUUGUCGAGGAACAGACGUGGAACCAUUGGGAGCGUGCGCCGGAACUUCCGAGUUCUCUAUUCGAUGAGCAAACAGAAAUAAUACGUUGCGAACCACGGUGGAGGAAGAAUGAAUAUCAUGACAAAAAACUCCCCAGUAUUGACAGGCCCGAAAUGUUACCUUCCCUUUGGAGCAAAUAUUGAUCAUCCCGAUAGGUAGG